AUGGCUGCUGAAUCAGAAAGAGCCACGAAGUUCAACCAGGUGGGCCGAGUAAAGUCCUCACCAAAAGUCUCAAAGAUAGAAACCGGAGUGCCACCAAGACCUGCAGAGUCACCAAAUGCACAUGAUAGUGAGAUACUGGCCACAUUAAAAGCGAUCCAGGCAGAAUUGAAUACAGUUCAAUCCGAGGUAGCUAGCUUGCGGACGAAAGUAGACCAGAAAGAUUCCCCUCAAGGACACCCCCCUUCUAGUACCUUCAUGACGGGUUGUGUUGGUCAAAAUCGAAGAAAUGAUGGCCGUCAAGGUGAUUACCCUCCAUUGUGUAAAAAAUGCCACGAAGAGAAUCAAGUUAAUUGUCCUCAUUGUUUCAAAUGUGGAGGAAGAAACCACACUGCUCGAUAUUGCAGGUCGGGAAACGAGAGGAGGCUACCCCUGAGGGACUAGGAGUAGCCGCGUCAAACCAGAAUAAGUCCCACCGAUGCAAUGGUGGUAACCGAGAGGAAGUUCACGCUAAAUUUAAACGUUGUUCUACCUGCAAACUGGUGUAUUGUUGCUCAAAAUCAUGUCAAAAAAGACAUUGGAGUGAACACCAAAUACUUUGCAAUGCCAUUAAGGAACAACUAAAUCAAAACAAUGAAACUCUCAGAGGACUGGGAGAUAGUUCAGACACAGAAAUGUUUGCAAGUCACCUUUCUCCAAAGAAACAUGCUGCAAUUGCUAAACUUGUUGGUCGCAAAUGCUCUGUUUGGUGUCUCGUAAAUGAUGUUGAUAUGGAAGCGUUAUGGGACACUGGAGCCCAGGUGUCCAUUUUCCUGGAACAGGUACUGUCUGACAAUUUUUCUGAUUUGAAAAUAAGUGAUAUUAGAGAAUUGCUUGGUGCGGGUUCUGGUCUGAAUUUAACUGCGGCAAAUGGGACAUCAAUCCCUUAUAAAGGCUGGGUGGAAGCUAGAUUUAGAUUAAACCGAGAAGAUGAAAAAGAAGUAAUGCGUGUCAUCGCAUAUGCAUCACGCACAUUAACGCAAGCUGAGAAGAACUACCAUUUACAUACGGGGAAAUUAGAGUUUCUUGCUCUAAAGUGGGCGGUCAGCGAACAAUUCAGGGAUUAUUUAUAUUAUGCACCAUGCAUCCUUCGUAGUCUAUACUGA